AUGAAUCCGUAUCAGUUCGCCUCCGCCCUAUUCUUGCGCUUCAUUACCUGGUUAACGAGCUUUUUCCACCAAUGGGUUCCCUAUCUUCGCCGUCGGCAAAUCAUUCGUGAUGCCCUCACAGCUUCACUUGACAUCAGCCAGCGUCUGUCUAGCUGGUCUGGUCAAGAUCCUCGAUCGCGUCCGUUUUCCAUGCAGUUCCAUGAGGAUUGGGGACACCCGGAUUGCGAAGUCAUGAAGUGGUACAGCAAAAUUCCAUCAAGGUCUACUAUCUUUUAUUCUAUUCAACACCGCAGGAGCACCAAAGGGCCAUUUUACCACGAAUUCCUUCAAAUCCAGCUUACCGACGGGAGUGUUUGCAUAGUUGAACGGAUGGGUGAAGGUAUCCAGUCCGGUGCGAUAAGCUGCACGGGGUGCACCUCGCAUGAUAUCAUUCAAUGGUUCACCGCGGAUGAGUACUCUACGUGGUCUUUGGAUCCCAAACACAAGCCUUCUGAGGUAAUCGUCGAGAUCAAAUUUCCGCGUGCGUUUGACCUACUCGACGUACUCGCAAUCUGCUAUGCCACCAAACACCAUGCGCGAGCUACCAACUACACGCUUCAGCGCUUCAAUUGCUACUUCUUGUGUUGCACUAUACUCUCCAUCCUGGCUCGUUGUAUCUCUCCGUGGGAGCACUAUAUCACAACCAGUGAUUGGAACGACAUGAUCGAGGAGACACUCGAGGAUUUACGUCAUUCUGACUCGAGCAAUUUAUUGAUUAGACAUCCACUAGGCUCCAUGGAAUUUCCAAUGCGCUCAUCUCCUGAAAUAGUUACAAACCAGAGCGAUCAACGUACACACAUGCAACAUUCCGAAGCUCCUGAUCCUACAACCAACAAUCCUGCGACGAAUCAAGUAGUUCCCAAGAAUGCUGAAAUCGCCCCGAGUCCAUCACAGGAUGAAAAGGCUAUCGACCCGCUUCAUAACACCAAAAAGUACCUCGCGAUCGGGAUAUGUUCACUCCUAGGCUCCGAUGGUUUGCCGGUGGUUGACUUCCUCUUUGACUCUCUAAGAUCCGAAUUGAAUACUGGCGCGAAUGACAACCUCAACGAAAAGCUUGCUCGCUGCUUGUGGUACGAUCGUCUGGACCAAGCUCUUUCGAAUGCUAUUGAACUGUUGUUGAUGAAACUGACUCCUCCUGUACGAGAAGGAUCGUUUGAGGGGUGCCAAAGAAUGAGUGAUCUACUCGGCCCCGAGAAUGGAUCAAUUUUUCCUCGGAGCGGAGACCUUGGUUCGAUCGAGAAUGAUGUUCGGAACGGGUUUUUCCGCGCAUUUACCGGAAUACUCGAUCAUCACAUCAACAUAAGUCAGGCUAGAUACGAACUGCGUUCAUUCGAGGGUGAAUACCCGUUCUGGAAACGAUGCUUGACAUGGAUCGGGGCUGUCCUUAUCAUGAUUUUGGCUUACCCCAUAGUAUUAUGUUUCCCAUACUCGAUAUUGAGGAAAGUUGGCAAGCUAAGGAAUGAUUUGGUAAUUCUGGAUAUGUGCAAGACUUAUAAUGGCAUGUUCAACUACCUCCUCCAUCGUCUAUUAAUAAUUUACUUAUACUUCAUGCUGAUAGCCCAGCUGAAGUUUGUCGCUCUUGGAAUGGCUAGGGAGGAUCCAGCAACAUUCACAGAUAACCGGUGGCAAGAUGCCCUGGAUUGGAACACGCAACUCACAAACGGUUGGGCGGAGGCUUUAUCCCCGAUACUCGCAAGUUUGCUAGACACCGAACCGCCUAACACAACGGGAGCACUCGCGUUCCUUAAUUCGGCCCUUCCAGGUAACAUAUGGAGAAGCUGUUUUUCAGACUGUGUUCUUAAUAAAAUGAGCGAAUCUAUUCGAAAAACAAUUAGAUCAAAAGAAGGGAGAAUCAGCGUCCGCCUCGGACUUGGAGACGCGGAACAAGGUGCACAUUCCUGGACGGUCGAUGAGCUUCAGCAGCAUAUUCUCGCACGUGUGAGAUUGCACGCCAAACGCGUAGAUGAUUUCCAACUCGCUAGAGCAUUCGUUGUAGAGUCCGGAAUGGCAACCGCAAUUACCGAUGUAUGGGUGGGGUUCUCUGCCUGCAGAAGUUAG